AUGCUCCUCUUCUGCCCCCACUGCGCAAACAUCCUCACCGUAUCCCUCACAAACGGAGGCACCAAUCGCCUCGAGUGCCGAACCUGUCCCUACGAGCACGCCAUUGUCGACACAGUAUACUCCCGACGCGAAUUCGAGCGCAAGGAGCGUGAAGAUGUCUUUGGCGGUCCCGGCGCGUGGGACAAUGCACAGAAGGGUCGCGUGCAAUGCCCCAACGAUGGUUGCGAUGGCGAUGAGGCGGCCUUCUUCCAGGUGCAAAUCCGCAGUGCAGACGAACCGAUGACGAGUUUCUAUAAGUGUAUGACGUGCGGACACCGAUGGAGAGAGAAUUGA